AUGGAGAACGUAUGCAAUCGCAUCGACGUGUUAAAGUUAUUAACACAAUGGGAAGGCAGAUACGGUGCUGAGGCAAUGAUCGCGAAAUCAAAUUUCCACACCCGUAGUGUCUUUUCGGAGAAUCUGGUCGCGAUAGAACUGCGUAAGCUCGAGGUGAAGUUUGACAAAUCGAUAUACGUGGAUAUGUGCAUUCUCGACAUAUUCAAGACGUGUACGAUUUGUACGAAUUUCAUCAUAAAAUGUGACGAUGUCUACGAUAUAAGUAGAUUUGACAAGAGCGAUUACUCAAGCGACAACGCGUACGGCAUUCCGCUCGCAAUUAAAAAAGUUCCUGGCUUUAUAAAAGAUGACAACAAUGGUGUCAUCAUGAUCGAAUUCGUUGGGCUUAGAGUGAAAAUGUAUGCCUUGCCUGUAGAAGGAAAGAAGGAUACAAAGAAGGCAAAGGGCAUCAAGAGCAACGUUGUAGUGAGGUCUACAACAUUCGAAUAUUACACGUGGGACUUGAAUGAUGCAAUCGAAUUGACGCACAGGCAGUCGUGCAUAAGAUCCAAAUUGUACGAGGUGUACACGAUAUCAGAAACAAAAAUUGCUCUAAGUCCGCACACGAUAAGCAGUAUAUUGUUCCAGGUUCCAUCGACACGCUGUCAUGGGGGCAUUAUGUAA